GAGCUAACCACCAAAGCAGCCUGACUUCACUUUAUACACAGCUCCAAACAGAGGCAGCACCAGAGAUCAUCAAGUCAACAUGCACAGUCUGGAAUAUCAAACCUUGUUCAUUUCCCUUUGCAUUCUACACCUCUGCCCUCUCUGUGAAGCACGCCCCCUAAGGAAGAGGACGGUGAGUGAGGUCCAGCUCAUGCACAACCUCGGGGAGCUGAAGCAGGUGCAGGAGCGCCGGGAGUGGCUGCAGCUCCGGCUCCGGGGCAUCCACGGCGGGCCGGCCCGGGCCAGCAGCGGGGACGCCGGCCGCAGGAGGAGGCCGCGGCCCGAGGAGCUGCCCGCCCUCAGAGACAUGACGCCGGAGGACAUCCAGUCCGCUCUGGACGUCCUGGAGAAGCUCCUCAAGUCUAAGAAGUCAUGAUUCUGAUUGGAUCUGUCUUCCGACAGUCAUUUUCAACACACUUUUUACAGAACUUAAGGCUACUUUUUAUUAAAAUUGUUUUAAUGUUGUUCAUCAUGUUUAUAGCUGUCUGAAACUGACUAUUAUAAUGUAUUUUAAUUGGAUUUAGUUUACAUUUUUACUAUUUCCUUUUAUUUAUGAAAUUGAUAUUUAUGAAACUUAAGACUGGCAAAAGUCAAAGCUUUCCUGUUGAGGCACUUUCAUUUUUUGUAUUAACAGUUGGUGGUGUAAACCCAUCAAAGCUACUUACUUCAUUAAAUUGAAGCAGAUAACGACUGGAACAGACAAUGUUCUUUAUCAUUUGACAAUGCCCCGAUUAACGGGCAUUCCUGUAUUUUAUUUUUAAAGUAUUUAUG